GAUGCAGUUGCUGAAUCUGGAAGGGCUCGAUUCGCACUCCUUGAGUUUCCAGUUAUUAAUAUUAAUCGCCAUCAUUUCCGUCCCGCUCGGAGGCCUUUUUGGGGUGUUUCUUUGGGGCUGUCUGGCAGACAGAUAUGGAAGAAAAUCCGCCCUAUUAAUUAGUAACGGACUUAGCAUUUUUUCAUCUACCCUCCUGUGCUUUGAUAGAAUAUUCCAGCACUUUGCAUUCAGCCUCUUUACUCGUUUUUUCGCAGGAGUGGGGUCAGGUAUCUUUACUUACUCUGUCCCUCUCUACAUCCUUGAAAUCUCUUCCUUGAACCUAAGGGGAGCCUUUGUGACGUCUUCAGUCCUCUUCUAUAGCUGGGGACAUCUUCUAGUCCAAAUCUUAACCAGCCCCCAGAUCUGGGGAAACGAAGAAAAUUUUUCAUUUUUGGUGGGCGUGACUGCCAUAUUUGCUAUAAUUAGUAGUAUAUUGUUGGUGCCUUCACCGGAAAGUCCGAGGUUUCUGUACUUGCAGAAGAACGACGAAGAGGAAGCAAGGCAAGUCUUGAUGAAGCUGCGCGGAGAAGAAGACGUAGAGGAGGAAAUGGAAGAACUUUGUCAGGAAUAUUUUGCCGAAAGCAACCAGAAGAACAUGACAGUGUGGAAACUUCUUCGCUUCCGCAACCUCCGGUGGCAUGUCAUCACCAUCAUGGUCUUGAUCUCCGGAAGUCAAUUUGUGGAAACCAACUCGGUUUUAAUUUUCGCCCAGCGGAGCUAUCAAGCUUUAAGACUGUCCUCCAGAGCUGUCAAUCUCCUUCCAUUAGUGGGAAGCGUGAUCAUCCAGCUGAUGCUUCUGACGACUAUCUGCACCGUUGAGUCCUUGGGGCGGAAAUUUCUCCUUUUGAGUGGCUUCUUGAUGUGUAGCAUCUCAAAUAUUGCUCUAGUCUUCACUUUUCAGAUUGACAGCCCCAAAGUGGCCUUCAUCAGCCUUCUUUUGAUUAUCGUCUUCUUUAUGGGCCACAUAACGGGACCAGCUUCCAUUCUUCUCCUGAUUAUCGGUGAACUGUUCCUCCAGUCAUCCCGAGCAUCUGCGUAUGUGCUUGCAGGAUUCAUCAAUUGGGGAACCAAUUUUGUCUCGGCGACACUAUUUCUUCUGACUAGUCCCUAUCUUGGAUCCUAUUACUUGCUCCUUUACUGUCCUUUUAUCAUCUUCACCUUUAUUUACAUUUUCCGAAUCCCGGAAACCAGCGGCAAAACGUUUCAAGAGAUUCAGGAGAACAUGGCGGCCUGCACCUCCAAAAGUUCUAGAAAAAUAACGGCUGAAUAGAAACAGGAAAUCUUUUUCUUCCCCUCUGUUUUCAAAAAUUUGAUCUGGAGUUUAAAAAUGAAAUAAAUCAUAAGCUCUCUGCAAGCUGGAUGAAUUUA